AUGCCCGCAAAGAAGUUGGUAUACGCUGAAGACGCACGCAAAUCGCUGCGCACCGGCAUCGACAUUCUGGCCGACUCGGUCAAAAUUACCCUGGGCCCCCGUGGUCGCAACGUCGUGCUGGACAAGAAGUUUGGUCCCCCCCUUAUCUGCUCCGACGGCGUGACCAUCGCCAAAGAGAUCGAGCUGCCCGACGCCUUCCAGAACAUGGGCGCGCAGCUUCUUAAAGAAGCCGCCACCAAGACCAACGACGCCGCCGGCGACGGCACCACCACCAGCAUCGUGCUGUCCCAGGCCAUCAUCCACGAAGGGUUCAAGAACGUUACCGCCGGCGCCAACCCCAUGGCCAUCAAACGUGGCAUCGAGCACGCAGUGGCUUGCAUCGUAACCGAGCUGCAGGGGAUGUCCCAGCCGGUGGAGACCCGCGAGCGCAUCGGACAGGUAGCCUCCCUCUCCGCCCAUGAAGACGCCAUCGGCGAGACCAUCGCCGAGGCCAUGGAGAAGGUGGGCAAGGACGGCGUCAUCACCGUGGAAGAGUCCCGCGGACUGACCGAUGAGAUUGAGUACGUCGAGGGGAUGCAGGUCGACCGCGGCUACACCUCUCCUUACUUCAUCACCAACACCGAGCGGAUGGAAGCCGUCAUCGAAGAUGCCUACCUCAUCAUCACCGACAAGAAGGUUUCUGCCGUUGCCGACCUGGUGCCGGCCCUGGAAAAGCUGCUGCAAGCCGGCCAGAAGAACGUGGUAAUCGUCGCUGAGGACGUGGACGGCGAGGCGCUGGCCACUCUGGUCGUCAACAAGCUGCGCAGCAUCAUGAACGUGCUGGCCGUCAAGGCGCCCGGCUUCGGCGACCGCCGCAAGGCGAUGCUGGAAGACAUUGCCAUCCUGACCGGCGGCACCGUCAUCAGCGAGGAGACCGGCCGCCACGGUUCGGAAGAAGCGAUCCAGGCCCGCAUCAGCCAGAUCAAGGCCCAGAUCGAAGACACCACCUCCGAGUACGACCGCGAGAAGCUGCAGGAGCGGAUGGCCAAGUUGUCCGGCGGCGUGGCCGUCAUCAAGGUCGGAGCCGCAACCGAGAUCGAGCUGAAAGAGCGCAAGGCCCGGGUGGAAGACGCCCUGUCGGCCACCCGUUCCGCCGUGGAAGAAGGGAUUGUCCCUGGCGGCGGAGUCGCUCUGGUGCGUGCCCAACGGGCUCUGGACUCCAUCGAAGGAUUGACGGUCGAUGAGAUGGUGAAGCAUCAGUCCGAUGACUACGGUUACGACGCCGAGCUGGGCGAAUUCGGCCCCAUGCUCGAGCGCGGCAUCAUCGACCCGGUAAAGGUUACGCGCUCCGCAUUGCAGAAUGCCGCGUCCGUGGCCGCCAUGGUGCUCACCACUGAGUCCAUGAUUACUGAAAUCCCCGAGCCGGGGCCGGGCAUGAUGGCUGCCCCCCAGAUGGAUUUCUAG